AUGAGUGAGCCAUUGAUAUCGCCUUCAUCCUGUGAGAAUGAUGCUAUUGCGGACAGCAUGUUGAAUGAUGAGGGCUUGCAUUCGACACCGUUAUCAGGAUCUCUGCCCAACACGCACGGCCUCGAAGAAUACUUCCAGCCUGAAAGUCGAACACAGCAAGCAUGCCUAUACGAAGAUGCAAACUUGGAAAUUCUGCAAGAUGACCACGAAAGCUCAAGCGCUGCCACCAAUUUGAUCCCAAACUCGACUUUACAUGAGGCUGAAGUUGCACUGGCGACUGGCGUAGAGGUCAGCGCUAGCAUCAAACCCGGCACGAAUACGGCCACAAAGGCUGCGGGGGAAAGAAGAAACAGAGGAAAGCCCAGUGACAACAAGAACGAAAGAGGUAAAAAGACGGCCCCCAAGAAGGAAAAAGAAAAACAAUACUUGAAGAUUCUGGAGAGAAACCGAAGAGCUGCAGCGAAUUGUCGUGCGCGAAAGCAAGAGCAACAAGACAAGUUGAACGCCGAGGUGGAGAAGCUAGAAGACCGGCACAGAGAGCUAUCUGCUUCCUGCAACGAGCUGAGGGAAACCGCUUAUCAACUGAAGCUGCAGCUGCUGAGACACGGCGACUGCGACUGCGCCCUCAUUCAGCGAUAUAUCACAAGUGAAGCGGUCAAUUCUGUCGAAAAUCUGAUUUUGAAGCAUUCUCCCUCUAGCAGUCCCAACUGCAUCACCAUCGGGAGCACCGCUAUCAGUGCCAGUAGCCCGACACGAGGACUGGGCGGAAAUAACGAAUGGGAUAGAUAA